CGCAUUUCGCUAGUUAGGUUAGUUAAGUGAAGUGAAAACAUAUAAAUAAAAAUAAAGUAAAAUGAGUGGAAGAAAAGAGGACCCAAUAUGGCAGUUCUAUAUUAAGACAACAAAUCCAAAUAAAUUGGGGUGUAGGGCUAUUUGUAGAAAGUGCAGGAAAGAUAUUCAAGGGUUAGUCCAAAGACUUAAAGCACACCACGAUGUUUGUAAUUAUCAAGAGAGGAAUACAGCGUAUAUGUUGAAUCCACAAAAAACAAAAUACCAGUUAACACCAGAAGAAAAGAAUAUAGCUUUAGAAACAAUUAACGAGUUAUAUGAAAACACUGGACUGUUACCUUUAGUAAUAAAGUUAAAUGCCCGCAGUGCUCCAUUUAAGCAAGUUAUGUUUUCGGACGAAGUAAUAAAAAAUGUAAACGGACUACAAUGGUGGUUAUCACAAAAAGAUGAGCCGGAAAUCUUGAAACAGUUGCCAAUAAUAAAACAGUUCCUGUGUGCAACUGCUUCUUCAGCUUCAGUAGAACGCCUAUUUAGCUCUUUUGGUCUUGUACACUCGGAUAUUAGAAACAGAUUAGGCAUAGAAAAAGAAGGAAAACUCGUGUUUUUGUUUAAAUUGUAUAACGAAAAUGAAUAGACUGAAAAUAUACAGUAAUAAAAUUUAGGUGUUACGUUUAGUUUAAGAAUUUGGAAUUAUGUACUUCUUUUUUGUUGUUUUUGCUAAAAGCAGAUACUUCUUUUGAUCUUUGAGAAAACUUUUAUAUUAUGUUGUUAUCUGGUUCUGAAUAAAAAAGAAAAACAUUGAUUUAAAUCAUGAUUUUAAUUUUAAAAAUCAAGCGAUUUAAAUCAUGAUUUUAAUCGUGAUUUUAAUCACUUGAUUUUAAUCAGCCCAACCCUGAUGUGAACAUAUUUCUUGGAACAAUAGCAGUUGACAUAUUGGUUACAACAUACAUAUCUGUACCUCGGAAAGAUACAACAUCCAAUUUUUUCAAUUAUGACCUUUUUACACACUAUAUAAUAAACAAUUGAAUGGUGGGCUGCAACAAUGUUGUAAGCGACAUAUUGGGUCAAAGUGAGGUUUUAAUGCAAUAUUAUUGUGUAUCCAAAGACCAAUGCGAGCAUCUUUAAAUCUGGCUAAAAAAAAUUUGCAUUCCCCGAGUUUUUCGUACCGCAAUGUUGGUAUCUGUAUGUUCAUAAAUAGCUUGUCAAUAUGUUUUUUUCAUCUCCUGCAUAAUCUCAAUUCUGUCGCUUACAACAUUGUUGCAGCCCACCAUUCAAUUAUUAAUAUAAUAAAUAUGUAAUAUGUAUAAAUAACAAAUGCAUGAUUUAAAUGAGAAUAGAGACAAUGUUCUAGUAUAAUAUUGUUUCCACAUCUCAAUAAACAGCUGUAGCAAUAAAACUUUUUGUUGAAAAAAGUUUAAAAUUGCUUUCCUGUAAAGUUAUGAAAAUGGGCGUUAUAUUAUAGUAUCUCUCCUAGGAACCGAUAUUACCAUGAAAUGAAAAGGAAGGUUUUAUUAAUUUAUUAUUGUGAUUUUGUGAUGGUAUUACAUCCUGGCUGGGUUCACUUGUAAGUCCUUUAGACUUAUUAGACACUAAUUAGUUUAGGCAGCUCCACAGUAUGUAUCACAAGUAAGAUUUUGUUUACAUUAUUAGGUUAUUUUAAAAAUAAAUAGUGUAUGUAUGCUUACAUUUUUAUAAUAUGAUUUUGAGAUCGCGUUAUAUUAUGAGUAUUGUUUAUCGACUACCUGUACUCAUUCCAAUAAAUGUACAAGCCGACAAACCAGUGCUGUCGCGUGACCUUGAGCGAAAAUACACAGCGACAAAUGCAGAAUACGAGAAGGUCAGCCGCCACCACUCGCUUGUCGCACUGUAUGUAUGUACAUAUUUAGAUUUACGUAAGUACAAUAAAAACAUAUGUUAAAUAUUAUGUAUAAUAUGUUAUAACAUAUUAUAGGUACGGUAGAAUUGGGUGACUUGAAAUUGUUGGGGUGACUUGACACAGCAGGCAAUUAUUUUUGGAACUGCUGUUGCCAGCUAUUAGGUAAAUGAUUAAACUUCAAAAUCAUUUCUAAAGUAUUCUACAAUGAUGAAAUACCUAAUGGGGAAAAGUGGUACAUAAAAUUGUUCUAUUUGGCUCCUAAAAAAUAUCGAAUAAAAGGUAAGGAAACCACGAUUUUUGAUAUGAUAUAUAAUUAAGGUCAUUGACAGGUGCCCUGAUCAACAAAUUACAUGAACUAUUUUUUUUAUAAUAGUUUAUUGCCUUCUUAAGGGGUUCUGAACCUCAUUUUUGUAGAUUUUAUUUUUUGAGGUUAAGUAGCGGUUUCUUAAAUAUUUUGUUACAGGUUUUGGGUGACUUGACAAAAGGCCUAAUAUGUAUAAGAGAGUGUUAGGCAAGAGAAAAUACCAUGACUUUAGCAAAGAAGAAUUAGAAGAAGACUUAACAAAUAUUCGUAACCGUAGAUAGACGUUGGCGGAGGCUUUAAGUGGUCUCAAAAAUUCAUUUGACCAUGUACAAUAGUAUCAGAUUUUUUAAAAGUUAAAUUUAUUUCACCCUUUACAAUAGCAACAGAUUUUUUUAAAAAAUAAAUUGGAUGUCAAGUCACCUAUAUGACAGCUUUACUUGUCAUUUACACUGAUUUUUGCUUACAUUUUCAAGUCACCCAACAGGUAGGGUGACUUGAAAAACACGGUUUUUAUUUUUUUUGUAAUUUUUUUGUGUUUAAAAAAAAUUAUGAGAGGUUCUAUUCUUUGCCAAAAGUGGCAUAACACUAUAUUUUUUGUUUUGUGAUAUAUUUAUCAGUAUGGCAGGUAUUAAUGAAUUAAUGUCCAAAUUGUAGUCAAGUCACCCAACUCUACGGUAUAGAUUAAGUUAGACAUUUUUGUGUAAUAUUGUUUAUAGCAACCUGUUCGUUAUAACAUAUAUAACCGCUUACAGAGAACACUGGAUACAACAUACAAAAACCACCAGUCCCUUGAAGUUCGUUAUAAACGGUUUUGAUUGUACAUUAAAAAUUUUAUAUUAAAAAAAGAAUUUGUGUGUACUUUGUACGCAUGCAAGAAGUUAUACUUCUAUUAUA